AUGUACGGCAUUGGAAUGGCGAGCGUCAAGCACUCCAACCACUUUGGCAUGUCGGCCUGGGUGGUCCAGCAGGCCCUCGACGCAGGCAUGAUGAGCCUGGUGUUUACAAACUCGAGCCCUGCGCUCCCGCCGUUUGGCGGCAGAAGCAAACUCCUGGGCGUCUCGCCGAUUGCGUGCGGAGCACCCGGUGACCCAGACUUUAUCCUCGACAUGGCCCCCUCGGUGGCGGCCCGGGGCAAAAUAUACAAGGCAAAGCGUCGGGGGGAAAGGAUCCCGCCGGACUGGGCGCUCGACGCCGAGGGAAGGCCGACAGACGACCCCGGGGCGGCGCUGGGGGGCGUCAUGCUGCCCAUGGGAGGACCAAAAGGCUCGGCCUUGUCCAUCAUGAUGGACGUCUUUUCGGGAGUCUUGUCCGGCUCGGCAUUUGCAGGGCAUGUCACGGGCCCGUAUGACCCGUCCAAGCCAGCGGACGUCGGGCACUUCCUGGUCGCCGUCAAACCGGAUCUGUUCAUGAGCCUGGACGAGUUUAGGGGCCGGAUGAAGUACUUGUAUGAGAGGGUCGUGGGGGCGGAAAAGGCGGCGGGCGUGGACAGAAUCUACUUUCCCGGAGAGAUUGAGCAGCGUACGCAGGUGGAGAGGGAGAGGACGGGAAUCCCGUUGGUGCAGGCUGAGAUUGACGCCUUGAAUUCCGAGGCGGACAGGGUGUCUGCGAACCCGCUUGUGUUUAUGGAUGAGUAG